GUCAGUGUCAGGCACGUCAAUUCAGUUAAUUUGGAACCGCGUGAUCGUCUUUGUCGCUGUUGUUAAAAAUCGGUGAUAAAAAAGAGUUUAAUUUAAUUAAUUUAUAAGUGAAAAUGGGAAAUUUUGAAGCCGGACAAAAGAUGAAUGUGUACAUUAUGGCUGGAUUCACCGUGAUAAUAUGUGCAAUCCUACACUUUCUUUACAAGACCAUCUUCCGCAAUAGAAAAUGUGAAGCGCAAAAUGCUGAAACUGAGAGCGUAACAGAGGCUCUAACCGAUUCGACAACUGAAUCUACCACAACCGAGAACCGACCAAUAGGAAAGAACAAGAAGCGGACAGCAUGGAAGACAAAAACCGAGUUCAGCCAUCCCUGGCUACUGAAGAAUCUCAAAGGGCAUCCCGGCACAGUUCUUCUCAUGGACUUCUCUGCGAACGGAAAAUUUAUGGCCGCUACCUGUAAUGAUGGAUCAGUCAUCCUUUGGGAUAUACGAGACCUAAAAGUGAAGGAGCACAAGAAUCUACGAGUGAACAUUGAGUUCGACUUCGCAUCACACGUAGCCUGGAGUCCCGACUCGAAGGCCUUCUGCGUUCAUACCGUAAGGGAGAACCGUAUAGUGGUGUACAAGAUCGACAAGAAGAAGGACGGCACCAUAGGAGCUGCUCAUCCUGUUACUACGUUUGAUAAGGCUCACAAAGAAGACGUCGUCGGAUUCGGCAUCGCAAGCAAUGGCAAAUUCAUGAUGUCCUGUUCAACUGACAGUGAAAUGAUCAUUUGGGACCUCAAAGGCCAACAAUUAGAACGUUUCGAUACCUACCUCAUGAGUACAUACACGGCCAAAAUAUCACCAUGUGGCCGAUUUGUAGUCGCCACAGGCUUUGCCCCGGACGUCAAAGUGAUGGAAGUGUGUUUCACAAAAACCGGAGAGUACAAGCAGGUUUCAAAAGCGUAUGAACUGACGGGGCACUCGUCCGGUGUGUAUGACGUCGCCUUUGCAGUAGACACAUCGCAUAUUGCCACUAUAUCGAAGGACGGCACGUGGAAGCUUUAUCAUACGAGAAUCGAGUACGCCCGCGGCGAGUCUCCCCACAUCCUAGAGUCGGGCAAGUACACACGGACGGCGCGGCCGCCGCGGAUCGCGCUGUCGCCCAACGCUGAAGUGCUGGCCGUGUCCUGUAACAACGACGUGGAAUUCUACGACACUUACACCGGGGAACUGUAUGAUACAGUUGAAAAUGUUUUUACAGACGGCAUAAAUCAGAUGUGCUUCGACCCAGCCGGCAAGUAUCUCUUCGUAUGCGGCGAGAAAGCCGUGCGUGUACUGCACAACGUAUGCGGGUAUUUCACCACCAUCAACAGCUGCACCCGACUCUUGAACUCCAAGCAGACCUCUGCCACUGUUGAACGACUCAACAAUACCAUUAAAGACUGUAAGGCGACGUUAGCAAAGUUUGGAAAGUAAGACGUUAGUGGUUUCAUAAUAAACAAGUAAAAAAUAUAAUUAGUUAUAUCGAUUGUCGGUGUUUUGUACUUAUUGCAAACAUAUAUUUUGAUAAAUAAUUGGUAUUAUUUAAGUUUACAAAGCAUCGACGAUAUUCUUUUUAUGUAAGAAAGCCAUAAGCUAGCCUUUCCCAGUUUUUUGAAACAGAACUAAAUUGCUAUAUUUUUAUGUGUAAGUAAGUAUCCUAGAAAUGAAAAGGUAUUGUAAAAACGAUUGGUACAUUAUAAUUAUAGACGACUUCGAAAUUUGUAAGAAUAACCAAAAAAUAUUUUAUAUAGAAACUGAAUGUAAGACGACAUUGUCCUCGUUAUAAAGUAAAAUAAGUACUACCUACUGGAUGUAAAAUAUCACAUUAUAUAAAAUGUCGAACUAUGACCUAUUGUAAAAAUGUCCACAUAUAUUAUAAACGGUAUAAGAUUGUCAAUUGCAUUUAUUUUUAUGUAUUAUUUUAAUUAUACAAACUGUGAACUCUAAACUACAUAAUAUCUAGGUAUAUUGUCAAAGUGCUUUCAUUUCCUACGUAUGCAACCCUCUUAUAUCUGCACGUUUUAUAAAAAUCGAAUAAUUUUAUCAGGUAACAAGUAAAGCUGCCGAUUAUAUUUGUAAAUAACCAAUCAAUUUUGAUUUUUGUGUUACAUAUGUGAUAUGGAUCUCAAGGUCUGUUCGUCAAAUUCUAUAAAGAUUUUAAAAUUUAUUAAAAAGGAACAUAUUAUCAAGUAGGUAUUAAAAAGAAUGUUUUAAUUCCUUUUAUUUAUUAACUAAUUUAAUAAUUAGGUACCAACAUCAUCGUUUUAACCAUCCCACUUGUUAAUGUUGGUCCAAAAAUACCAAUGUGAUUUAAGGUAUAGCUAGAAAAUGUAUAUUUUUAUCAUAAAAAUAUUGAAUUACACACGAAGCACUUAUGUUAAAAAUCUUGCGCUCGCGCUGUUUGCAUUAGAACUUAAAAAUUCAGACCGUUUUGCAAUUAUCCACCCUUAAGUAUUUUCGAUGAAUCAAUUUAUCAUGUUUCUUUGGAGCAGCUUAGUUUUUAAAUAAGAUAAAUUAACUAAAGACUGCAUGAUUAAGUAUAACGUUUUAUGUUACUUUAUGAUUUUACAUGAUUAUUUUCUAACUAAAUGUAUUCUAAAUUACCUAUAGAUAAUUAAUUGGUAAUUAAUAAUUUCAUAACUAGUUACAUAUAUACACCUACUUGCUGGUAAAAGUAUCUAUGACAAACCGUGGUGUAAAGUAAAGCUGGUCUUUUCAUUAGCCUUUUGCAGCAUCAGAAUGUGCGGAGUAUAGGUAUAGUGCGUUUCAACGAAUAGUACCUAUGGCGUUAUGUUGGCUCCCCUGUCUGUUGGGUGGUCAUUGGCACCAUAUUGGCAUGAGA